AUGUCACCACUCCGGUUAGCAUCUGUACCGAUAGCACGCUCGUGUCUUCUAGCCAAGUUUUCGCGUCCAUUGCAAGCUUCGAGGACAAGUAACAGCAUUCGCUUCUUCUCCGGAUCCCCGAGUCUGUGCAAUACCUCAUCCUCGAAUCCCCAGCCCCAUAUCUUCCGCCAUGUCGCUCCCUUACGCGACUACCGGAGGGACUUGCGCCUCAAUCAGCGUACUGUCGGUCUAGUACCCACCAUGGGCGCUUUGCACGAGGGCCAUAUCUCGCUCAUGCGCCAUGCCGCAGCUGAAAACACCGACGUCUUUGUCACAAUCUACGUGAACCCAACCCAAUUCGGCCUGAACGAGGAUCUCGACUCGUACCCAAAGACAUGGGAGUCAGACCUGCACAUAGUAGAACAGCUGAACCAAGAGCUGGCAAGCUCAGGCCAAGGACGAGUCACGGCCAUCUUCGCACCAGACACUAAAACUAUGUAUCCUACCCUUCCGCCCGACAGCAGCAUCCCCGGUGUAGGAACGUUUGUUGAGAUGCGUCCGCUUGGUCAAAUUCUCGAGGGCGCAUCGAGACCCGUCUUCUUUCGCGGCGUAGCAACCGUGUGCAUGAAGCUCUUCAAUAUUUGCGCCCCGGAUCGCGUUUACUUUGGCCAAAAGGACGUCCAACAGACUCGUGUCAUCAAGCGAAUGAUCAGCGACUUCCACCUUGACACGGAUCUGCGUAUAGUCCCCACGUCAAGGGAGUCCGACGGUCUUGCGCUUUCGUCUCGCAACGUCUACCUGGGUACACGCCGCCGCAAUGUGGCUAUUGUUCUCAACCAAGCACUCCGCAAGGCAGAACUCAAGUACAAAAACGGGAUGCGCCUGCGGAAUGAUGUACUGUGGCCUGCAUUUGACCACACAAAUAUGACUCUCCUUGAGCAAGAGCAGCUAGAGCCCAGCCAGCGCGCAAAGUUUGAAGUCGACUACAUUAGCCUUGCAGACCCAGAUACCAUGGAAGAAAUCGAGCAGAUUGACGACAGCAAGGGUGCAAUUAUAAGUGGUGUGGUCAAGAUGCUGCCGGUGGAGGAACCACAGCUAGACAAAGAGGAUUUGGGCCGGCUGGACGCUGAGGGUCAUCAAGUUCCUGUCCGGUUACUUGAUAAUAUCAUUCUGGAGCCUAUGAGAUGA